UGAAAUAUCGCGCCCAAGUGUUACGAGCACGGCCACGCGGCCGCGGGGACCGAAUAGUCUCGCCGAGGAAAUAGAUUUUCCGUCCUUCUUCCCGUUCUUCUUCGACACUUUUGUCUCCUCUUCUGUCUUCCCUCUUUUUUUUUUCUUUUUCCAUUCUUGGGAAUCGUUAAUUCGAUUUGAAAAUCGAACUAAAUUCUAUAAGUUGAAAGAAGGGUCUCUUCUUCCUGUUUCCUGUUUCCAUUAAUUCUUCGAUUUCUUCCUUUCGUCUUGUGGUCUUCUUAAGUCAGAGAGAUAAUAUAGUGUUCAUUGAGAAUAUAAUAUUUGUAUUUGAUUGAAAAAUAAUACAAUAUAAGAGAUUAGUUAGCUUUUCCGUGAAUUGGAUUGGACGGAGGUAUAAGGAAGAAAUAUUAUCGUAGAAGUCGAAGAAAGUGUUUCUUACCUCUUCCGAGUCGCACAACUCGGGUCAGAGAAAUCGAAGAACGAAUUCUGGGGAUCGAAGAAAAGAGAAAAUGCAACCAGCUCCGGCUACACCCGGUUCUCCAACACGGUCAUCUUGUUGUGAACGAGAUCGCGAGCGGGAAGUUCACGAGGAUCGUGGAAGAGAGCGGAACAAUACUGGAAGACAAAAUCGAAUGACUCCGGAGGAAGAUCACGAGGAAAGAGGCAAUGAAAGGACGGUGAUUUCGGGACAGAAUCUUGGUGUUAUGACUGUUAGCGGAAAUCAGGGAUUACCUCUUUCAUUGUCACUUGAAGACAGAGAUCUAUGGACUAAAUUUCAAUGUUUGACUAAUGAAAUGAUUGUGACAAAGAAUGGAAGACGGAUGUUUCCUGUCGUUAAAGUGGUUGCAAGAGGAUUAGAGCCAAAAGCUAUGUACACUCUUCUUCUUGAAUUCGUUCAAGUGGAUCCACACAGAUGGAAAUACGUUAACGGAGAAUGGGUCCCAGGUGGAAAAGCGGAAGUCGCUCCUCCGAAUCCAAUUUACAUCCAUCCAGAGAGUCCAAAUUUUGGAUCCCAUUGGAUGAAAGAAGCGGUAUCGUUUGCUAAAGUGAAAUUGACAAACAAAUCCAAUGGAAACGGACAAAUUAUGCUAAAUUCAUUACAUAAAUAUGAACCACGAGUGCACUUGGUUCGCGUAGACGCAGUGGAAGAAAGAACGGUGCUCACCUAUCGUUAUCCUGAGACACAAUUCAUAGCGGUGACAGCUUACCAAAAUGAAGAAGUUACAAAUUUAAAAAUUAAAUAUAAUCCUUUUGCGAAGGCGUUUCUCGAUGCUAAAGAAAGACCUGCUGAUCCGCAAACUUAUCCGCAAUACACUGGCGCUUGGUUUUUACCACAACCUACGAUGGGAUACGAAUAUAACACAGCCAUUGCGGCCGCACAAAAUCAAGCAUCAGUGACAGUCAAUAAUCAUCUUUCUAAUUCUUGUACCGUUUCCACAGCUGGUCACAGGAGUACUUGUAGAUCAACGCCUUACACUUUGAGACAUAAAUAUAUUCAAGAUGAACAACGCGCGGAUCCGUAUGGUUCAGUACAACUUUUGCAUUCUACAGCAUAUGUAGCACCACCAGGAUGGUCGCCACGUAGUCCAGAAUCUCUGCAAAACUUGAAUCCAGCUUGUCUUCCACCUACGCAAGAAUGGCCUACAUCUCCUUCGCCUUCGCCAACUUCAUCUUCGCAUGCAGUAUUCAGUAGAAGUGUUGUCGGAACAGCAUCACCAACCACAGCUACAGGAUGCACUUUAUAUGUGCCAUCAAAUCUAUCUUCUGUUCCUCAGGAACACAAUCAUUGUACUGAUACUUCAGCUUGGAUUCAUCCUACUACUCUGUCAGAACAACAACAACAGCAACAACAAUCUUAUUUAAAUUUAAAUUUACAUUUACAUCAUCAAAUGUCAUCUUAUACGUCAGUUCCUCAUACAGGGUUACAUCAUACUUUACAUUCAAAUGGAACAGAUACCGUUCCUCCUGUUGACGAAUAUGUUCACGAAUAUCAUGCUUCUCCUGUUCAAUCAACAACGCCCGAUCGUCAUCCACAACAUCAUCAUUCUCAAAUGCUACAUUUACAACCAAUCCAACAAGCUGGAACAGUUUCUCCUGUUAGUGUCGAAUACGAUACCCCUUCGAAAGAACAUCAUAUACCUGUUAGUUAUUCUGAACAAAAUGCAGAUACAUUAAAUGAUGUACAGUCAGAUGAAAAUAGAAGAUAUCUAACAACGGUGAUUGAUAGACAUCAUCGACAAGAUUCAGAUAUUGCAAAUAAUGAUCAUCAAGCCACUGCUUGGACACCAUUGACACCACCGCCGGCACCACAAACUACAGCAAUUUGAUUUCUGUACAUGAUACAAAUGAUUUUAUUUAAGGUAUGGAGUUGCUAUUUGAUAAUUUCUAUAUUUCUUUUAAUAAUUAGAUGACUAAGUAUGAAUGAAAUCAUAUUAUAUUUACAAAUGCAUUUUGAGUGCAAUAGAAAUGAUAUACAUAAGUAAUUAAAAUUAUUAAUAGAUAUAUAGAUAUGUUAAAAAACAUCAUUCAUGAAAUGAAAUGAAUAUUACGAAUAUAUAAGCAUUGAAAAAAUAUCAAAAUA